UCUCUUCCGCAAAACAACUACCCAUCUCCUUCUCCUCCUCCCUUCUCCAACUCCAAUCCCCAAAAAUGGCGUCCUCCUUAAACCCGCCCCUCCCUCCAAUCCUCCCACCACCAUCCUCCAAUCAAAACCCCACACCGCCGCCGCCGCUCCUCCUCCUACCCAGAAGACAACUCCUCAACCGAAUCGGACUCCUCACCUCCGCUCCCUUCCUCUCCUCCACCGCCAUCGCCAAACCCGCCUCCGCCAAAGAAAUCGAAGUCGGCACCUACUUGCCUCCUUCCCCAACCGACCCUUCCUUCGUCCUCUUCAAGGCCUCGCAAAAAGACACCCCCGCCCUCCGCGCUGGAAACGUGCAGCCGUACCAGUUCGUGCUCCCGCCCUCGUGGAAGCAGACCCGCGUCGCCAACAUUCUCUCGGGGAACUACUGCCAGCCCAAAUGCGCCGAGCCGUGGGUCGAGGUGAAGUUCGAGGACGAGAGGCAGGGCAGAGUUCAGGUGGUGGCUUCUCCUCUGAUUCGAUUGACCAACAAGUUGACCGCUACAAUCGAAGAGAUUGGGUCCCCUGAAGACUUGAUUGCUUCGCUCGGGCCGUUCGUGACGGGGAAUUCGUACGAUCCCGAAGAGCUGCUCAUUGCGUCCGUCGAGAAGAACGGCGACCAGACGGUAUACUACAAGUAUGAGCUGGAGACGCCGUACGCGUUGACGGGAGCGCACAAUCUGGCGAAGGCGACGGCGAAAGGGAGCACGGUGGUGUUGUUCGUGGUCAGUGCGAGCGAGAAGCAGUGGCAGAACUCACGGAAGACUCUCCAAGCCAUUGUUGAUUCCUUUCAUCUUUAGCUUUUUUAUACAGGUACAGCAUUAUAUGGAGUGGAGGUCUCUGUGUGUUGGGAAGAGGAGUGGUUUGUAUGAAGGAAAGAAAUGAGAAUUAUGAGUGAGAUUGGGAGCUGAGUUAUGGGUCUUUCGGAGAACCAAUUUUUUGUGGGUUCUUUCGGUGCAUAUGAAUUAGUAUCGAAGAAAUUGUUAAUGGAAGCAAAAAAAUAUUAUCAAACUCGAGCAAAUUAGUGUAAGCAGAAUUAUUGGUGCAUAUUAAGUGAAUGAUAGUGAAAUAAGUAGAAGUGGCAUGUAAAAACAAAAAAUUGUUGAUAUGAUUUGAAUCGGAUGAUCUGUCUACGACGGUAAGUUCAAUAGUGUUCGGGUUUCUGUUCUGGGCAUGAUUUGUAAU